AUGACACGCUUGGAACCAUUUUAUCUUCGAAAUGUCGUCUUAUAUUUGCCAACAUUAAAAGACCUUUUGAAUUUUGUUUGUAUCAACAAAAAUGCUCAUGAAGUUGCUCAAAGUUUAUAUAUAAAUCCCUAUUCUUUACCUGUAAAUGUUUUAAUACAAAAAAUUGUCAAAUUGUUUCCAAAAUUGGAGACUCUGUAUAUUCCCUAUACAAUUUACGAAAAUUUAUCUUUUUUAGAAAGUUUGGGUACUUUUCUGAUUGAGUUACGACAAACAUGUGUAGUAAACAUGAUACGCCAUUCUGCAAACAUCAUUGAAGCUUUAUCAACUGAAUGGUUUCCAAAACGUGUGAGAAGCCUUCAUGUAUUCAAUGAAGAAGUUAAUGUAUUAGCCGACAAUAUAAGCAAAUAUACUCUACUCACAGAUCUGGUGUUUAUCACAAAUACAUUAAGUAAAGAUAACUUCAUUAAAAUCAUUAGCCACAAAACUCUUAGAAAUGUGACAUUUAACGCCGAAGCAAGUGACACUGAUUUUAUUACACGUGUCGAUUUCUCUAAAAUGCCAAAAACAAAUUUUAACAUUCAAAUUUUCGCUACAAAUAAUCAAGACUUGUCUGAUAGAAGUGUCGAAAACUUUUCUAAAAUAUCACCAAACGUCAAAUUGUACAUUGGAUACCUUUCAGAUAUCAUGUUCGACACAAAAUAUAAAACAAAGAAUAUCAAAUAUCUCCCAUUCUUUAGCGAAAAAAGUCUGAAUCGCACAUCUCUCAGAGUUCUCAACAAAAAUUUGGGCGAACCAAAUCUCUUCGAAUUCAUUCAAAAAGCACUUCCAACGGAGUUUCAAGUCGUUCGAGACUUCACAAUCGACGACAAAUUUACGUCCGUUAUAAAAGUUGACUUCACAAAGAUACAGGAAGAAUUUUUCUUUGUUGGAGUUAUCCUCAGAAGUGUUCAAUUUUCCGAAAUAAUACUUCCAAAAACAGUCAGAUAUAUAUUAAUAAGAAGUGUCAAGGGGUCCAUUAAUACAAAUGCGUGCAGAAUUGAAAACAUAGAUAUUAGUGAUUAUCAAAACGACACCUUCAAAUUUGAAUGUGAAAAACUGAGAUAUUUUCUUACCGAUGAAAGUCCCGUUUGUUUGUUGUAUAAAGGUAAAAAAGUAUUUGAUACUUUUUUCAUUAAAGUUGGAGAAAAUCUUCCAUAUGACAUCAUUGUAAAAAGAAAUUCAAAAGUCGUGUUUUUGCGUGGAGAGGAAAAAAUAGGGGAGAUACUAUUUAAUGGAUGGCUUCGUUUAUUUGACACAAAAAUUGUAUUUGAAAAUGUAAUAGAAAGUUUUGAUAUUUCAAAUAUUCGUACAGACGAAAUCAAAAUAUUUGAAAUUCAAAAGCAGAUUUCAUCGCCAUUUUCUUUUGUUUUUGGAGAGAU